UCAGUAGAAUGUAUUUUAGCACUAAAUUCCAAAUUUUAUAGUUGUAUUCACUGUUAUUGAGCGUAGACACUCGUGUGACUUGUCGUUUGAUCGGCAAAUUAAAAGUUAUGAGAGUAAACUUGGCAUUUUUUGGCUUUAUUGCCCUCGCGUUUCUCAUAUGCUUUGCUGCUGCUGAAGAAGCAGAAACUUCUGAAGAUGAAGUAGAUACACCUAAAGUGACUGAUGAUAUUGGUAAAAGUCGCGAUGGAUCAAAAACAGACGAUGAAGUUGUAAAGCGCGAGGAAGAAGCUAUUAACAUUGAUGGGCUAAGUGUUGCCGAAGUUAAGCAGCUGCGAGAAUCUGCUGAAAAACAUGCAUUCCAGGCUGAAGUUAGCAGAAUGAUGAAACUUAUUAUUAACUCUCUUUAUAAAAAUAAAGAGAUUUUCUUGAGAGAGUUAAUAUCUAAUGCUUCUGAUGCGUUAGACAAGAUUCGCUUCCUUUCUCUCACUGAUAAAAGUGUAUUAAGUGCAACAGAUGAAUUUUCUGUUAAAAUUAAAGCAGACAAGGAUAACAAUAUAUUGCACAUUACUGAUACUGGUAUUGGUAUGACAAAAGAUGAUCUUAUUAAGCAGCUUGGUACUAUUGCUAAAUCAGGCACAAGUGAAUUUUUCCAGAAAAUGCAAGAAGCUGGCACUGCAAAUCAAGCUUCAGAUUUGAUUGGUCAAUUUGGAGUUGGUUUCUAUUCUGCUUUCUUGGUUGCUGAUCGUGUUAUAGUAACAUCAAAGAAUAACGAUGACAAGCAGCAUAUAUGGGAAUCUGAUUCAGCUGAAUUCUCUAUUUCUGAAGAUCCUCGAGGACCAACACUUAAAAGAGGUACCCAAAUUAGUUUAUACCUAAAAGAAGAAGCUCGUGACUUCCUUGAGCCCAAUACUUUAAAAGAUUUAAUUAAAAAGUACUCUCAAUUUAUCAACUUUAACAUCUACUUGUGGAGUUCCAAAACUGAACAAGUUGAGGAGCCUGUUGAAGAAACUGCAGAAGAAAAGAAAGCUGAAGAUAAAGCAGACGAGACAAAGGCAGACGAUGACGAAGAUGGCAAAGUAGAAGAAGCUAAAGAAGAAGAUAAAAAACCUAAAACUAAAAAAGUUGAGAAGACUAUUUGGGAUUGGGAGUUAAUGAAUGGUGCAAAACCAAUUUGGUUGAGAGCACCAAAAGAUGUUUCUGAUGAUGAUUACAACGAGUUUUACAAAGCUAUUUCUAAGGAAUCUGACAAUCCAAUGGCUAAAACACACUUUGUUGCUGAGGGAGAAGUAACAUUCAAAUCUGUUUUAUUCAUUCCCAAAUCUCCUCCAUCAGAUAUCUUCUCUGACUAUGGUAAAAGACGUGAAAAUAUUAAGCUUUAUGUUCGCAGAGUUUUCAUCACAGAUGACUUCCAGGACAUGAUGCCAAAAUAUCUUUCUUUUAUUCGUGGUAUUGUUGAUUCAGAUGAUCUACCUUUAAAUGUAUCCCGUGAACAAUUACAACAGCACAAAUUAUUAAAAGUUAUCAGAAAAAAACUUGUACGAAAAACUCUUGAUAUGAUUAAAAAAAUUUCGGAUGAGGACUAUAAGGAAAAAUUCUGGAAAGAAUAUAGCACAAAUAUUAAACUUGGUGUCAUAGAAGAUCACUCAAAUAGAACAAGAUUAGCAAAACUGUUAAGAUUCCGCUCAUCUAAUGAUCCAGAAAAAAUGACUUCGCUAGCUGAUUAUUUGGGUCGUAUGAAAGACAAACAAGAUGUUAUUUUCUUCAUGGCUGGAGCUAGUUUAGAAGAAGUUAAAAACUCACCAUUUGUUGAAAGACUUUUACGUAAAGGAUAUGAAGUACUUUACUUAAUUGAACCAGUGGAUGAAUACUGCAUUCAAAGUUUACCUGAAUUUGAAGGAAAGAAGUUUCAAAAUGUUGCAAAGGAAGGACUAAAGUUUGGUGAUGAAGAUGAAGCAAAACAAAAGGCUAAAUUAGAGUCAUUAGAAAAAGAAUAUGAACCAUUAAUGAAAUGGAUGAAAGAAACUGGCCUUAAAGAUUUGAUUGAAAAAGCAACCAUCUCUCAGCGUUUGACAGAGUCUCCAUUGGCUCUAGUUGCAAGUUCAUAUGGUUGGUCUGCUAAUAUGGAAAGAAUUAUGAGUUCACAAGCUUAUGCUAAAGCUAAAGAUCCAUCUCAGAGUUUUUAUACUUCGCAAAAGAAAACACUUGAGGUAAACCCAUAUCACCCAUUAAUCAAAGAACUAAAUGCUAAAGUCAAAGCAGAUCCUAAUGAUAGUACUGCAAAAGAUUUGGCAUUAGUUAUGUUUGAAACUGCUGCAAUUCGAUCUGGUUACAAUGUAAAAGACUCACUCGACUUUGCUAAACGUAUUGAGCGUAUGUUAAGACUAAGUAUGGGAGUUGAUUUAGAUGCUAAAGUGGAGCUUCCAGAUGAUAAUGUAGAAGAAGAAGAAGUAGCUGAAGAGGCUAAGUCUGAAAAUGAAGACAUUGAUAUACCUGAAAACGCUAAAAAAUCAGAACCUGUUCCUGCUAAAGAGGAUGAGGCUGAGGAUGAACAUAAAACUUCAGAGCAUGAUAAAGAUGAACUAUAAAAUAGAAUAGAUUUUAGACCAAAUUUUUAUACAAUUGUCAUAGUGUUCAUCGUUUUCAAGAUGUUGUUUUAUCUGUCGAUGUGCUGUGUCGUAAUUUAUUAUAUGUGGAUUUUAUCACAACCUAAAGACUGUAAAAUAGCUAAUGAAUUUCAAAUUAAAAUUAAAGCUA